AUGCCUUCCGUCAGAGCGCAGCGAUGGAUCGUUGCAUUAAGUGGGUUACUAGUAAUGACAGUUAAAUUGAAUUUGAUCAACUCUCCUCUCAGUUGGGGCUGGGCUACAUAUCAAUUUCAGAAAAGGUUUUUUAUAAGCAAGAUUGGGAGAGUGAUCAGAGAAAAAGGCUUUUAGGUGAUAUCUCUGCCAGUUUUGCGAGAAAAAAUAUUCUUUUUUGUGAAAACAUUCCCCUACACGUUAGAAAUAAGUACGAAACUUUAGGUUCGAAAAUUCGUAAAAAAGCAGCACAUUAUAUUCAACUUUCGGACUAAAAACCUUUGUUGUUUUUGCAAAGCGCAGUCUCAGAAUCUCGCAUAUGUCAUGACCAAAACUCAGGCUGAAUUUGGGCUGAGGUUCAUUACAAUCUAAGCACCCCACUUUGAGCACAUCUCCUAUUAAUUGUAAACACAAAUUUCAGCGUACGGAGAGAACACCUGUCCGCCCGGCAACGGCUUUGAACUCGAUCUGUCCAACUCCUAUGUUUGCAAAAACACAGUAUGCCGUUUUGGCAGUUGUCUUAUGUGAUACUUUAAGGUUGACCAACUGAACGAACCUAAUAGUGGGCCAUACGGCCAUAAAUAUGACAAUUACCGUGUUGGUGUUACUACGGAUGCGACCGGGUAUCCGACGCAGAGUCAGUAAGUAAAAUACGCUGUUGUUUCCAACUAUUUUCUUUGGAAGUGACAGAAAUGAGAUAAUUCUUUUGCGUGUUAUGUAGCACAGUAAUUUCCAAGAAUUUUUUUCAAUUUUCUGUCGAAACCCCAUUAAUUUUAAUUUGAAACAAAAACGAAAAUUUUUGCCCGGCAACAAAUUGAUGGCCUGUAAAUUGUGAGGUAGGACAACCAGAAAUAAAAUCUCAAAUUAAGAAAGCUAAAAAAUAGUGAAAUAAAUCUUGUUUUCAGAGUAAACAACUUCAUUAUGAAUCGAGCCCGUAUGUUUUACACCCAUUUUUGGUUGAAACUUCUGUAUGAAUUUUAGAAGCGACAAGAACAGCGAUGUAUUACUGUGACAACAGUUUUGCUUAUGUCAUCUUUUUAUUGAAUGGAUAUUACUGUUCAAUGUCCCUAUAUUUGUAUAUUAAUUCGUCCACACCGUUGAUUCAAAAUCAAUGCAAAUAUUAUAUGACUGGGGGUACUCCGGUCAAACUUUUCAAUCGCAUGAUUCGGGGAUUUUUGUACGGUAAGUUUCGAAAAAAAAAUUUUUAAACCGCGUUAUGCAGAUUCAAAUUUCGAUUUUAUCUGUCGUAAAAAUUCUUUUUUAUUUUGUUUUUUUUUCAGCCAGUGAUUCGUUAUCUCUAACAAAAAAAAUAUAUUUUUCAGUGAACAACGGUGGCUGGCCGGUAGCUGGGAUAAUUCGAAGCGGCUCCGACUGGGUUUACUGGGACUACACACCGAUUACAGAGGGCGAACUAGUGUGGCAAAGUGGAUUUCCAGGACCUGGUGAUAUUGCGAUGAUCGGAGUUCAAGGCCUGACUUUGUUCAAUGGCCCCGAAAAUGUGGAGAAUUAUUUCCCUUGCAUUGCACCGGCGUUGGCUCUCAGCAAAGAGGAAUACAGCAAAUCCGUUGUGUGA